AUGGCUCCCGGCCAAAGAGACAUCAAUGACACUCGCUGUCAUGGGUGUGGCCUGAUAAGACCAUGUCCUUGCGAUGCGGAAAAGAACAUUCAUGGAACAGAGCCGCAGGAAAGGGGCCCUGGAGAGCCGAUUAUAAUUCUGAACAACCGAAGAAAAUCAUCAGUGAGAAGACAUUCAUAUCCAGCACCGGGUAAGAUAAAAUCAUGCGUAUAUCUUUGACUUUCUCCGUUUUCCAAAUCGGGACAGAGCUUAUACCGCAGCAACUACAGAAUACAGGGCCGUAUUUUAAGGUCCUAAACAGAAGUGGCUCGGUGGCUCGCUAGUCAAGACAAGUGUUUAAAGAACGCCAAAGAUGUAAAACAUGUAAGUACAAACAGACCUUAAAAAGACGCAAAUUUUAAGAGCAAGUGAAGGCAUAUAUUUUAGUAACUCGGCGGCUCGGUGGCUCCUCAGUUGAGGUUACAUAGUUGAGUGGCUCGACGGCUCGAUGGCUCGUCAGUCAGGUCUACAUACCGAGCCGCCGAACUGCCCCAACGAAUAUACCUGGAAAAUUUGCCCUGUAUUCUGUAGUUAUGUACCCGCUUUUGGACCAUCUACGAGAAAUUUCUACUAUAACGUUAAGUUUCAUAACGAAUGAAGACGCCUAAUUAACAUCAUUGGCAAAGUGCGUGGAACAGCCCCUCAUAACAGGUAACACCUUAAAAUUGCAGUUUUGUUUGAAAUGUAUCCCCAGGUCUCCACGACAAAGGAGAGGAAGGCGAAGCACGGGGUCGCCCGUCAGCCGACCAACAGUCCGCCAUCGAGACGCUAACAAGGCAUGCUGAUCUUCAAGCAAGGCUAACAUCGGCUUCUAAGGGCGGGAGGGCAUUAUCUUACCUCAAAGACAUCUUCGCGGCUAAUCCAGACAACAAGAUGGCGCUUAAGCUCUUUGGAAACAAAGCUGCUGUACUCUUAGAACAACGUCGACAGGAGCGGAAAGGCAAAGGUGUAAUUCAUCCUUUCAGUACCUUCCGGUGGUAUUGGGACAUAUUGCUUAUAGCCUUCAUCUCUAUGCAUGUGAUUUUACUUCCGGUCAGCAUCUCGUUUCUAAGCGAUGACUUAUCCCUGCACUGGCUCAUCUUGAACGGAAUUUCGGACUGCAUUUUUAUCAUAGACAUCUGCUUGAAUUUCAAAACUGGAAUCGUCGAUCCUAACAACCAAGACGAAAUUAUAUUAGACAAGAAAAUCAUAGCUCAGAAAUAUCUACGGGGCUGGUUUGUCAUCGAUUUGUUGUCCUCACUUCCAUUCGACUAUGCUUAUUUUAUUGCCUCUUCAUCUUCUGCUCAGCAAACUCUCAUCAAGGCAUCGCGGGCUCUUCGCAUCCUCAAACUUGCUAAGUUGCUGAGUCUGUUGCGACUGUUACGGGUCUCAAGACUCGUUCGGUACAUUAAACGAUUUGAAGAGGUGAGUAUCGCAUUAGCUAAAUCAUCUACAGAAUAGAAUAAAAGUAAUAUAAAAAAAACCGACAGAGCACUGUAGGUGCAUGUUAUUAAUUUGCACUUACUGUUGUCUAACAGAAAGGUUAUACUAUUCACAGUCUCCAAUUUUUUCGUAAGAUCGUCAGAAUCGAGCGCUUAUUGAUAAGAGCGGCCAUCUUGCAGUUCCAUAUGCCCGUUGAGCAAUUUCUUUGAUCUCCGCGAUCUUAAGGAAAGAUAGGCAACUGUGAACAGUCUACAGAGAAGGAAUCGCAAGGCGUUGGCCGGGACAAGUGAUUUUCUCUGAAGUUUAAAUGCUUGUUUAUAUUGGAAAGUGAGCUUAGUUCCAUUAUUCACUCUUGUGUUUAAUCAUUGAAUCUGCUUGACAGUCAUUUAGAAGGCGAAAAACUCAUAUCCUUAGACAAAAAAUUAAAUCAAUCAAGACGGUAAGAGCAUGAAUUCAAUGACUCACUGACAAAAUAAUUUUAUCCCACCAUUAUUGUAGCCCCUAAGCCAUAAGUUUUCGUUCGGCGAUGGCCACGAUGGAGUUGAUUAUGCAGAAGUCGUUUACUAUGAUAAUAUAGUACUAAAAACCCUUGAAUGCAGAGAUCCAUUCUAGACGUAAAUAAAACCGACUUGUUCCAUCUUGCUGGAUCUUAGACUAAUGUAGCGAUGCUAGGGCUAGACGUCACUUGAGAUGGGAAUUAAAACAAAACUGAAUGCAGGCUGGCAAUACGGCAAAGGGCUGAUAUAUUUGGGGCCAAUAUUACGGCUAACUAAAUUAGCCUCCCUCAGGGCCAGGGCUACACUGAAAGAAAAUACCAUAACCGCUCCUAAGAUUUUAGUUUAAAUUUAAAAAAAAAGGUUAAUGAUAAACUAAAAGUGCGAACAAUAGAUAGCAUGGUAGAUAAUAUUUUCCUUCAGUGUGGCUCUGGCUCUGAGGAAUGCUUAUUUUGUUAGCCGAAAUAUUGGCCUCAAAUGAACUAGCCCUUUGCCGUAUUGCCAGCCUUGCAUUGAGUUUUGUCUUAAUAUAGCACUUCUUGCUUUAUGUUUUUUCCUUUUCAGUUGCUUAACAUUGCCGCUGGCCAGCUUCGUAUUUUGAAGCUGAUUGGAUGCAUGCUGUUGUUAUCUCACUGGAAUGGCUGCGUUCAGUUUCUCGUACCAUACCUACUAGAAUUCCCAGAAAACAGUUGGGUCGUCAUCAACCUGUUGCAGGUACCGAUCUCAUUGUUUGCUUUUCUUUAACGAUGGGUUUUAAGAAACUAAGAGAAUUGUUUUCAAACGUUUUCUGAAAAAAACAUUUUUAGGGGUUGUAACUGAACCGAAGUCUAAUUCCUGAGACGUUCGAACAUUUAAUCGAUUGUGAAAGAUUUGAACCCGGGAGUCACGUCAAAAGUAGGUUGAGUUUGAUCGUCCGGGUGAACGUAGUCCUGAAUAGGACUCACAGUUGUUGUUGACAGUGACUGAUGUUUCGACAACCUGUGCCAUAGUCAUCUUCAGAGUCAAAGUGAGUUGUAUCACCUCUGCUGAUGGUAUUAUACUCUGGUUAUUGAUCUGAUUGGUCAAUUUCGUCGCGAUGUUAUUGGUCGUCUGUCAGUUAAGCCGUUAUGUUAUUGGCUAUGAAGACUCGUAAUCAGUAAUUGGUGCGUUUCGAUCCGUCUAUUGUCACAGUUAAACAGUCGUCUAUUGUUAUAGCCGUAUUAUUUAUAGCCGAUUAAUCGCUUGUUUGAAACGACAUCAAGCUGGUGUACGCGGGACCGCCUCAAAGCAAACAAUUAAGGAUAUUGUUAUGACGAACUGUUGAAUUCUCUUUCGAAAACGCUGAAUAGAAGUUUACGGACCUCUCUUCAGUAAUAAUAGAGUAAAAAUCUAAUCACAAUUAAUUAGACUAAAAAAACAAACUCAAAUUUGGGAUUUAAUUUCAAGCGUUUAAUUGGUCCACAAAAAGCACCGCUGUAACUUUGGUUGAAAUGGGCAACGUCAAUUUAUAAAGGAAGGCCAUGUUGCUCGUUCGUGAAAUAGGUUCAUGCUCCAGGCUCAUUUUUUAAACAUCACAUGCUUCAGUACACUCCUUAUAACUAAUUUUCCAAUUUCGUAUAUCAGUCCCAUUUGCCUUUAAAAUUCCUAGCUGGACGGUUUGCUUCCCAAAUAUUUAACCAGUUAAAUAUCGUGGAGCAGUAAUUUGAGGGUGGAAAUAUCUGUACCGCAGGAUGAAGGGGUAUACCCAUGAAAUCGUUGGUACACACAAUUCGUUAACAUGAUUUGACUCCCAGAGCGAUUGUCCCCUGGAACAUAUAUUUUCUGGGAUCAACAUUGCUGAUAUAUCGGUCUUUUAGUUUGAUGUUUAUUUGUUGCCAUCCAUAACUAAUUUAGGGACUUAAAGAUGACACGACAGCGACGACAACAAGAAUGUCAAAAAAGCAAUAGGUUGGAUUGGCAAAACAACAACUCUGCACGUGCAUCACUCUUUUGUAGAUCUCUUUGCCGUCACUGCACGACUACGACGGGAAAAAGUCUAAUAUCACGUGUUGUGGAGGACGUAUCCCUGGAGGACGUACACAAGCUACGGCUAAAUUUUCUUUUUCUUUCUCUUUCUGAACUUGAAUAUGAUUCUUAGGAAUUCCGCUCAAAGAGAGUUCGCUUGCAUUUGACAAAGUAAAUGAGUUAUAGAGAUUAAAAGAACGCAAAUCACUUUUUAAGCGACGUUUCCGUGGCCGUCACCGUCAUGGUAUCUUAAACGCCCUAAUAUUUCUAUAGGAAGUGACAUACUGAAGAUGAAGAAAUGAUCGUCAAAGUGAACGCAAUUUAUGCAACUGCGUAAAGAAGCCUGAAGAAAAAAAAAAUGCGGGACUUCAACGGGGUUUGAACCCGUGACCUCGCGAUUACCGGUGCGAUGCUCUACCAACUGAGCUAUGAAGCCACUGACGUUGGGAGCAGGUCAAUUGCGGGAAGUGACAUACUGUUUUCUCAUUUUCUUUUAGGACAGGCCUCCUGCUGAACAGUACAGUUGGGCUUUGUUCAAUGCCAUGUCCCAUAUGCUGUGUAUUGGUUACGGGCGAUAUCCCCCUCAGGCUCUUACUGAACUCUGGCUUACGCUGUGCAGUAUGACCAUAGGCGCGACCUUUUAUGCUGUGUUCAUUGGUAUUAUGUCCAGUUUGAUCAUGUCUAUUGAUUCAUCGGGGAGGCUUUACAAUGAAAAGGUAACGCGACUGCUGUUGAAACCCAAGUAAUUGUUCUCAGCAUAUUAGUAUGAACAGAAGCUUGGACACCACAGCAGUCACCGAAAUAAUCGUAGGCUUAUGCCUCAAUUACAGCAGAACUUAAGCAAGUUUGAAAUCUGUUUUGUGAAACAAAGUCUUUAAUUGUGAAGAUGAAAUAAUUUUGUCGGUGUGAAUGGGGAUUAUGCCUUCCUCUAAAAUCCUGAAAUCAUUUGUAACUCGCAGAAUCUAAUCACCAUACUGAUGUGAAGGAGCUGGAGUGAAAUCCUGGCGAUAGAAAAAAAUUUCCUCUUCUCUUCUGUUGUUCUCCCUUGCUGACUCCUUAGUGGAAAGGAGUCUUCUUAUCCAUGACAUCGUCUUUAAAUUAUUUCCAUUUCAGUUAAGCCAAGUGAAGGAAUAUAUGCGUUACCGGAAGCUCCCUUUGCGCAUGCGCUUGAAAGUAGAAGAAUAUUAUGAGCAUCGCUUCCACCAUAAACUAUUUGACGAGGACAUUAUACUCAACGAGCUCUCCAAAGCACUGAGAGAGGUACAUCCCUCACAACCAUUAAGACUUGCUAUGACUACGUCCUGUGUGCAUCAUUAUACUAUACGAUCAGCUUUUAGUAUCUGCGGGUGAAAUCGUAUAUGGUAAACUUCUGUUUAUAAGCCAUAAGCCUGGCGGGGGCUUACACAACUUCGUAAGGAAUUUUACGAGGGAUUGUAAUGGGGGGCGGAGGGGGCCUAAAUCCAGGGGCAUUUCGAAAAAUGCUACAUAGCAGCGCUGAUCAAAAUACUUUUUGAAUUAAAUCGCUUAGUUGAGCUUCAAAACGUCGUCCGAAUUAGAAUUCUUUUCAAUGCAGGCUAGAGGAGGGCUUAUUAUAUAUCCGGGGUAGGCUCAUAACCAGAUGUAUUUUUACAAGUAGAUGAGUCUAUAACUGGGGGAGGGGGAAUAAGCGGAAGUGUACAGUAUCACAUUAUUGUUUUGUUAAUUCGAAAUAAAGUUAACAUGUAAUUGAUUCAAUCCAAUCUCGUUCUCAGGGUUGCUAUCCCGAACGUCCCCGCGGAGUUCUCUUGCGCGCAUUCACGAACUCUGCAGGAACCUUGGAAAGGAGGUUGGAUUUAAUCAUGUCGCUUGUUUGCUAGAAUCUGGUUCGCUGGUACACGAUGAAAAUGCAGAAUCAGUGGACUUGAGAUAAAAUGAUGUAUUGAUUGUGUGGUCUGUUUGAAAAAAACACUUGACGUCAUUGAAGGAAAUUUAUUCCACCCAAACGUUACGUUAUUGAAUCCAUCAAAAACGGCCUAAGUGGUCCCUGAUAUACUACUGGAUGUGAUUUACUGCGUUUUCGUAAAGGCCAUAAAGUCGUCUGAAUAAUCAUGUGCUUGUCAUGUGACAUGGCUAUCGUGAUAUUAUAAUAUUUUUUUGUUUCUAAUUUUUAGGACAUCUUAGCGCACAAUGUAAGUCCGUUACUUCACACAGUGCCGUUUUUUAGCAACGCCAGCCGCGAGUUUAUCGCAGACAUAGUCAGCAAGCUCAAAUUUGAAGUUUAUCUGACUGGUGAAUACAUAUGUAGAACCGGUCGGAAGGGAGACAAGAUGUAUUUCAUUCAAAGAGGGAUUGUUGAUGUGCUGACAAGAGAUGGAGUUUUAGCAACCAGUUUAGGAGAUGGAUCUCAUUUUGGUGGUAAGACAGAUAACAGACUUACUUAUUGCAUAGUUAAUAUAGUGGAAUUAUGGUUUUAAAGCCCCCUAGACCCUAAGCUCACUUGGAUGUCUCGAUGCAACGGCGGUAUUCGAUCUGUUAAGGAAUGUUUUCCACCUACACAGUUUAACGAAUUUGCAGCUGUUAAACAAGCAAGUCUACUUGCUUUUAAACUCCGGCAAAACAUUUCUAUCAUGCAAUCGUACUGAAUAAGAGUCUAAUUUCCCCCAUUGGGGGUGGGGGGGGGAAACUCGGCAUAUGAAAGGGGUGGGGAUGCUCGUCGCCUCGCUUAGGGGUGUAAAUUCGGAUUUUGGUCUCACUUAGGGUGUUCUGGGCAGAACGCCAUCAUAUUUAGCCGUGAAGGUCUCGUUCAGGGUUGCACGCGAAAAAAUAUGAAGAUAUAUAUUUGAUAUGUAUAUUUUUCUUGGUCUCUUUUAGGGGUCAAAAAAAGCUUGGGCCACGCCCAAAUCGGUCUCCUUUAGGGGUUUGAUUCAAAAUUUCCGACGAGCAUCCCCAUCCCUUUAAUAUGCGGAGUCCCCCUCGGGCUAAUUUCUGGAAACAAUAACGUAAAUGAAUGGAUAUAUUCAUUUGAAUGAGAAUACAGAGGAUAAAUAUAGAUACGAUGUCACAUUCUCCUUGCACAUGCGUACAAAAAAUACACCGCAGAUCCUUGCGGGAACAAUGGCCGCCAUCUUUGGUUACCAAUCCCCCUUGUAAUGCAACUGAUAACCGACGGGUAACCAUGUAUUUUACAGCUUCCAAUCCAAGAUAUCGUCCGUAAUCGGAGGAAAUUCAAAAGUCCCCACCACCGGGACUUGGCGGUAAUCAAAAUUCCCCAUCGUGGGCGGACUUUCUUUGUCAAAUCCCCGGCCUUUGCCCGGCCUCCCCCCUCCAGAUUAACAGUGUUAGGUGCAUAAUGUAAGGGUCAAGUAUUCUUUACGCUGCUCUUGCACUCUAUUAGGCUGGUGUAUGAUAUACCAAGUAGCAAGUCUCGAGUUACGUCACAAAGAACACAACAAUGAUCCCUAGCCCUUACACCAUAACACAAUAACCUUCACACUAUAGAACCAGACAAUAGCGGAUAUAUUGACUUGCUAUAUCGAGCAUCUCCCCUCUAUUAUAUCUGAUAUGAUCGUUUGACUUUCUGCGAUAUCAGAUUUAGAUUUCGUUUACAUUAAUGAUAAAGUUGCAAAGUUAGUCAAAACCAAUUAUUUUAUUUUUUCGCCAUUUUUUAAGAAAUCUGUCUGUUGACGAAGGAAGCACGCAGGGUAGCCUCUGUCCGAGCAGCGACCACUUGUAACCUGUACUCGCUAGCGUCGCCACAUUUUCAUGAAGUACUUAAGGAGUAUCCUGACAUGAAGAUGAUGCUGGAAGAAGUCGCAAAAGAGAGGCUUACCCGCAUCGGGCUUAAGCCAAACCUAUCAGAACCUCUAACAAAGGAGGGGAUUAUGGACGGAAGGUGAGUGCGUGGGAAGCAUGGGCAGCCACGACGACAACAGCAACCUCGUUCCCAGGGUUCUCUCAUACCCGUCUCUACGGAGCGAGACUGGUAGGAGAGAGAACCUGGAAACGAGGUUGCGACAACAGGAGGCUGCGUUGCUGAGUAGUCUGCGCGUGCGCGUCGGAAUCGCAAUUCGGAGAACAGUUUCGGCUACUUUGUGGAUUUGUUCUCGGUCGUUCCAAGUUUAAAUACUCGGCCACGCAUUAAAAUAGCCAGCUGGUUGCCUCCUACCCGCUAACCUGAGUAUCAGGCCCUCCUUAGUUAGGGGGAGGAAGGGGGAGUAGCUGGAUAAGCUAAUUGCACUUUCUAUUAUAAACAAACCUUUCAACGAUUUAAACUUUUCACAAAUGGGUUUAACGAGGCGAAGACUAGCACAUUUCACUUUUUGACACAUGUUUCCAUAACUACGACCUGAGAUUUAUCAAUGCGACGUUUAAUGGCGGACGAGAGCACAUUGUCCUUUCUUUUUUUAACUAGAAUGUGGUUCCUUACAAUUUAGUUUCAGAAACAUUCCUUUGCAGUUGACAAACUGAUUUUAAAACAUUUGAAAGAACUGAACAUAAGCCGUCAGGGCGGCCAUAUUGGUGUCCCAAGAAGUCCUCUGGUAGUUGAACCUUUUCACUGUGAAUAAACUGCCAUUUGUUACAAUAUAUUUGCAUAACUACUGGCCACACGAGUGAAGACGUUCUAUAUAUGAACGGGAAAUGGAAUAAAGCGCGUAAGUCUUCAUCAGCAGUAUUCUGUCUGAUUUCUUCUGUUCUUCUGCAGGACGGCAUUCGAAUUAGGUGACGACAAUACCGACACAUCCGCCAAGCAGAAAGAUGUCCAAGCAAGCAAGCCUCAGACGAGCGACACAAAGCAGAAGCCACGAGCUCUCUCCCCGCUUGCACAGGAACCUUCAACUUCUACCAAGCAUUCAACAGUACUACAGACACCCGAACCCUCCUUUUCAUCGCACAAGAGACCUCGGGUGGGCAGUCCAAUUCCAAAGGGAAAAAGCAAGAACACUCCUUUCUUGACCAAAGCUUUUUUCAACACCGUUGCACCAGGGUUAGCAUCCUUUGCAGAUGCGCAGAAGGAUGAGCUCGACGUUGUGGUUGAAGAAGAUGAGAUUGAAGAAGACCCGGAUAUUAUCGCAAUCAUGGCUGACUUUUAA